AUGGCCAAGCGAGUCCGCGAACCAUCUCUGUCUAUACACGGCUCUACCCCUGAGGACGCGCCCAGUGCUACUGUCGAGGAGGCGGGUCAUACGCCCAAGUAUGUCGAGCUGGAGGAGGCGGCGCUCACACGAACAGAGUCAGUCUUCCGAUGCCUAUUGCCACCGCACAAGGCGAUGAGCUUUCCAACGUAUUCGGAUUACGAAUCUCACUACAACGCUUCACACACCAAUCGUUGCAAGCAAUGCCGUAGGAACUUCCCAACAUCGCACUUCCUGCAGCUACACUUGAGCGAGAACCACGACCCCAUCAUCGCCGUCAAGCGCGAGAGGGGUGACAAAACCUUUGCCUGCUUCUUGGAAGACUGCGACAAGGUCUGCAUCGACUGGAAAAAGCGAAGAAGUCAUUUGGUCGAUAAACAUCAUUAUCCGAAGAACUACGAUUUUCUAGUCGUCAACAAUGGGAUUGACGGGAAGUGGACUAUGCUCAGGCGUGGCAUCGACUCAGAUGGCCAUCGAAAAAGCAGCCGCGCACGGAGGGCGAGCUCCGCCACGCAGGCCACUCAGAUGACAGACGAUACAAGCGCUAGCCAAGAGACUGAGGAGACUGUUCCAGACGAGCUGCCAAUGAAACAGCGCUCCAUGGAUGUAGCGAAAGCACGAGAUGAAGAUCCCGCCCUCGAAGCUGUGAUGAAGUCAAUGUCAUCGUUGCAGUUCGUACCACGAAGCGUCACCUUUGGCAAGCGGAAAGGCAAGUCUGGCUUUGCUAAGAGCUGAUUUUUACAUGCCUCAGCCUAUGCGAAGUGGAAGAUUCGGCAUUGGUGAAGGUAACAAUGGCAGAGUUGGACUUGAGGCAGGGCCUCGGCGAAGCAUUCGAACGACUCGACCAAGCAGGGAGAUUGAACAGAAAGUCGUCUCCAAUAACCAGACAAGACCAUCAACCUUACCCGACCAGUCCCAUUGGCGCUACUAUGACGCUAUCUGUGGUCGAAGCAAUACACUUUCCGCCUCUCCCCGAGAGACGUCCAUCGAAGACUUGGCGCGAAUACUUGCGCGAUUGCGCGAUUGCAGGAUGUGCUGCACUUGGCGAACAUCUACUUGUCACACUCAAGCAGACUCCUGGCUAUGGUUUACAGGAUGAGGAAGGUCUUGCGAGCACGUACAGCUGAGCAUGUGAUAUUGCGCUCGCUACAUAGCACUUGCGUAAAUCCUGCAUUCACAAGCCUCUCCGAGCCGGGUGGAGAUGAUGAGGGCAUGGACUGGGAAGUGCGGCAAAGGCAUCGGCCUCUGGUUUCGAGAUGCGUUGCAGAAGAGGUAUACGUGACAACGUGGGUACCUUCGACAGACGGCUUCGCAUUGUUCGCAGCCUGCAUUUCAUUUACAUACGUCCGGUAGUCAAGAAGCCGGCCGCUCCUACGACACCUAUGGAGAAUUCCUCGGCUCCAGGGUGGCUUCCAAUACAAGCACAUCCACAUCUGCCCUUCGCAUUCGCGACCACCAUGCUCGACUACCUACUACGGGUUUCAUCCAAAAGCACAUCGGCGCACGUUGCAAAUCUCGCUCUUUCAGUUCGAAGACAUGCGGCAAGACCGCCAUCCAUGACAAGCUUCACUUUACUUGUCCAACUAGCGAGCGACUACAACAUCCCAAGCCACUCAGAAUGAUCACAACUGUAGCGAGAUGGAAACGACGCUAGCUCAUGCAGAUGCCUCGCGAAUAAUCUUGAGCAUCGCAUCACCCUUCGGCGCCGUCGUGACAUUCUCAUAACCGUGCUUCGUGACUAAGAUAUCGUCUUCGAUGCGCACACCCCCGACUUGCAUAUAUCUCUCGAGUACCUUCAGAUCAAUAUGUUUCAGAUGCUUUGGAUCAUUAAGAAAGAAAUUGUCGAGUAAGAACUUGUUGAAGUAGAUCCCCGGUUCCACCGUAAUGACCAUUCCCGGUUCCAGCAAUGGGGCAUCUACAGCAUGCAGCAAAGGACUGAGCGCUCCUUCUUCACUCAUGGCUAAUAUAGUUUCCAGUGCUGCUUCAUCAAAUUGGGGUGCCCAUUCUGGCUUCCAGGACGUGAAUGCCGUUUUGAGACUUUCCAGCUUCUGGGCACGUACCAUGCUCGCGUCUGCGAGUGGCGGAGGUGAAUCGGGCGAAACAUCAUGUACUUCCAGCCCGACAUGAUGGCCCAAUCCGUGCGGCAGAAAUGCCUGCGACGUCCCCGCUGCGUAGAUGGUGGCCACUGAACCACCCACGAGGAUGCCGAGCUCCAAGAGUCCUUCAAUCACCAGCUCAUGGGCAUACCAGAACGUCUUCACGAACUGGUUGCCAGGAAGCACUUGCUUGAUGCAGGCCUCCUGUAUCUUCUCCACGAGCUUGUAGAUGUUCUCCGCUUCCUUUGAGGGCCAGUAGCCGAGAUGCUUGGCAUUUAGAGGAAGAGUGCGAGUCACAUCUGCAGCAUAUCUGCCGGCCUCGCAGCCAGCAUCCACAACGAUAGUCUGUCCAUUGCCGAAUGCUGCUGAGUUCCGGGAGUAGUGCAAUUCGGCUGCGUUGGGCCCAGCGCCAACUAUAGGGUCGUAGGCUUGCGUCUUCGCAUUC